AUGACAUCUUCCAAUUCCUGCCCUAACAUUCAUAGGCUAGAAGCCCAGAUUCUGGCAGAUAUUCAACCCAUUCAGGUGACCUGGAUGCUGGGUGAUCGAGAAUUGGUGCAGUCGGAUCGUGUAGAGAUGACUUUCCUCGAGGACACUGGAGUCGCUCGACUUGUGAUCCGGAAAGCAAGCCAACCCGACUCGGGUCAGUACACCUGCGUGGCUACAGGAGAUGUGGUUGAACCAACAACAGGAAGACGACUUUCGAAGACCAUCGCUUCGAGCUCAACUGUUAUUGUGGAAGCUACACCGACCUACAAAGCAGAUAUAAUCUUCAUCAAGCCGGUUGAAGUGAAUUUAAAAAGAGAACAAGAAGAGCAAAUCCUCGAGCUAGAAGCCCAGAUUCUGGCAGAUAUUCAACCCAUCCAGGUGACCUGGAUGCUGGGUGAUCGAGAAUUGGUGCAGUCGGAUCGUGUAGAGAUGACUUUCCUCGAGGACACUGGAGUUGCUCGACUUGUGAUCCGAAAAGCCAGUCAACCCGACUCGGGUCAGUACACCUGCGUGGCUACAGGAGAUGUGGUGGAACCAAUGACAGGGAGAAGACUCUCGAAGACCAUCACUUCUAGCUCAACCGUUAUUAUUGAAGCUGUGCCAGCAUACAAAGCAGAACUCCAGUUCAUUAGACCAGUUGAGGUGCAUAUGAAGCAGGCCGAGGAGGAGAAGAUUAUGGAGUAA